CGGCUGGCUAAAUAUUCUGGUUUAAUUAAAGUUGGAAUACUUUGGCUCGUAGCGGAGCAAAGGUUAAAAAUUCCCACCUGAUAAACGUUGCUUCCUCACGAAUUCCGUCUACGAAUCACGUAUUUGGACGUUGAAACUAAACACACGUUUCCGUCUGCGUUUGUUCCAGGCACUGCACCAGCGACUACAUCGCCGUGUACUCGGGCUCAACAACGUCGAGCCCCCUUCUGAAGAUGCUCUGUUUCAAGAACAAAACCUCGUUGACGUACAGCGGCCGGAAACUGCUGGUCGAGUUCAGUGGACACGACCAAGUCGAUUAACGCUGCUGGUUACAACGUACGUUACAACAAUCGGGAUCUUCAGGAUCAUCGGAAGGAUCAGGGCUCGAUAUCGAGCAGCUGCGACCUGGAGGUACACGGCGAGAAAGUCAGAGCCGGCCACCACGAUACCAGAGGCAAACUGAAGUCCACCACGUGCAGGCUCGUACUCCGUGGACGUGCUUAUGACACUGGACACGUCUCGUUGGCCAGUUACAAUCUC